GCGGGAGCACGUACAGCGAUCGGGUUCCAGCGGAGAGAGAACGCAAACUUGGGGCUGUCGAGCGGCAGGUCUGACUGAUACGCAGAAACUCACCACACCUUGGAGCUGGGAGAACCAGAAGCUGGAGUGUCUCUCAGGAUACAGUCUAGAGAAAAGUCUCCCAAAAAAGUGCCUCAAGCAAGGGAUGGCACUGGCCUUGAUCCACCCUAACAAGCGUGCAUACUCUUUGGCUCCCCUGAAUCUGAAGGAGGAGCUUCAGGGAUUCAAAGUUCAAGGGGACAGAAAAGGCGUUGGGCAGGAGCCAUUGUGCAAACAGUUCAGGCAGCUGCGCUAUGAGGAAAGCACUGGACCUCGAGAGGUUUUACGCCGCCUCAGGGAGCUCUGCAGACAGUGGCUGCGGCCUGAGACCCACAGCAAGGAGCAGAUCCUGGAGCUGCUGGUACUGGAGCAGUUCCUGACCAUCCUGCCAAGAGAUCUGCAGGUCCAGGUGCUCGAGCACCACCCAGAGACUGGGGAGGAACUGGUGGGAAUACUGGAAGAUUUGCAGCUGGACCGUGGAAAAGCAGAAGAGCAGAAGGACUCAGCCCAAAAAACCAGACCGACUGUGUUGGUUGGAGUGCCAGCCCUUCACAGAGAAGCACAGGAGCAGCCUGAGUAUGCAGUUCAGAAGCCUGAGGACAGAGGUAAAGAGACAAGGAGUGAGAAUGGGAAGCUCAUUGCAGGGACAGACUUUUGUGGAAGAGUGGAAUCAUCUUAUACAAUGUCUGAACCCAUCGAGGCCCAGUGUGAGGACCUAAGCUUGAAAAAGUAUCCAGCCAUGCCUGAGGAGAAAACUAACAUCCAAUGCUUGGAAACUAAGGAGAGACUUGUUCAGAACUCAAGCCUGAUUGAACUUGACAGGGCACAUACAGGAGAAAGGUCCUGUGACUCCGUAGUGGAUCAGAGUUCUGUUGCUCCUGACCAUCAGGAAAUCUCGAAAGAGAAAGGUCACCCCUGCCAAGAGUGUGGGAAAGUCUUUCAGAGAAGUUCACACCUCAUCAGACAUCAGAAAAUCCAUCUUGGUGAGAAGCCUUACCAGU